CCUGUCCCCCGGCAGGACUCUUUCAAAAGGCCAUCGCUCAGAGCGGCACGGCCAUCUCCAGUUGGUCCGUCAACUACCAGCCCCUGAAAUACACCCGCAUGCUGGCCUCCAAAGUGGGCUGUGACCACCUGGACACCAGCGAGACGGUGGAUUGCCUGCGCCGAAAGCCGUACCGGGAACUGGUCGACCAGGACAUCCAGCCGGCCCGCUACCACAUCGCCUUCGGGCCGGUGGUGGACGGGGACGUGGUGCCAGACGACCCGGAGAUCCUCAUGCAGCAAGGGGAGUUUCUCAACUACGACAUCCUGAUCGGGGUGAACCAGGGCGAGGGGCUGAAAUUCGUGGAGGACUCGAUGGAGAACGAAGACGGGAUUUCGGCCAGUUACUUCGACUUCACCAUCUCCAACUUCGUGGACAACCUCUACGGCUACCCGGAGGGGAAAGACAUCCUGCGGGAGACCAUUAAGUUCAUGUAUACAGACUGGGCUGACCGGGACAACGGGGAGAUGCGGCGGAAGACCCUGCUGGCGCUCUUCACCGACCACCAGUGGGUGGCGCCGGCCGUGGCCACGGCCAAGCUCCACGCCGAGUACCAGUCGCCCGUCUACUUCUACACCUUCUAUCACCACUGCCAGACCGACACCCGGCCCGAGUGGGCUGACGCCGCCCACGGGGAUGAAAUCCCCUAUGUCUUCGGGGUGCCCAUGAUCGGCGCCACCGACCUUUUCCCCUGCAACUUCUCCAAGAACGACGUCAUGCUGAGCGCCGUCGUCAUGACCUACUGGACCAACUUUGCCAAGACGGGGGACCCCAACCAGCCGGUGCCCCAGGACACCAAAUUCAUCCACACCAAGCCCAACCGCUUCGAGGAGGUGGUGUGGACCAAGUUCAACACCAAGGACAAGCAGUACCUGCACAUCGGCCUCAAGCCCCGCGUGCGGGACAACUACCGUGCCAACAAGGUGGCUUUCUGGCUGGAGCUGGUGCCCCACCUCCACCACCUCCACGACCCCGUCUACACAUCCACCACCACCCGCAUCCCGCCCUACGGCACCCGCUGGCCUCCCGGCUCCCGGGCGGGGCCCAGCACCACCCGCCGGCCCUUCCCCACCCUGCCGCCGGACGAGGACGAGGCGGACGACCGCCGCCGCUACGCCCCUUUCCCGGGGGACUCGCGGGACUACUCCACGGAGCUGAGCGUCACCGUGGCCGUCGGGGCUUCCUUGCUGUUCCUCAACAUCCUGGCCUUCGCCGCCCUGUACUACAAGCGGGACAAGCGGCACGAGCUGCGGGCGGGCGUCCUGGGGGGCCGGCGCCUCAGCCCCCAACGCAACGCGGCCAACGACCUGGUACACGGGGGCCAGGAGGAGGAGCUCAUGUCCCUGCAGAUCAAACACUCGGAGCACGACGCUCACGACCUGGAGGCGCUGAGACCCCACGAGAUCCUGCGCCCGGCCUGUCCUCCAGACUACACCCUCGCGCUGCGCCGGGCGCCGGACGACGUGCCCCUGAUGACGCCCAACACCAUUACCAUGAUCCCAAGUACCAUUACGGGCAUGCCGGCCCUGCACCCUUUCAACACCUUCCCCACCGGGCACAACAACACCUUGCCCCACCCUCACUCCACCACCCGAGUAUAGCUGCCUCCCCCACCCCAGCCACGGGGAAAUUUGCGGUGAAGGGGCAGGGCCCUUCCUCUCUGCCCAGCCGUCCACCCCUGACUACGGGGGCGGGAGGGGUGGGGGGAAAGAAAGGGAGACGCGGCAUCUUUUGUGUGCCAUGCAGCCGGGA